CCCACUGGACUGAGAGAUCGUCAACGUAAACUGAGCCACGUUCCAGUGCUCGGAGCGAUCCUCUCAUCCCCGUCCGCCAACCAGCACAACCCAUCCUAUGCCGCGGGUGACCGCAAGCGCUCUCUCGACUCUCUCUUCGCCCCAACCAAACCGUGCAGCUACGGCGGCGCCGUCCUCCUCACGGGCAACGCGUGCUGUCCGCCGAACGAGAAGUCCUUCUCCGACGGCGGCUUCCCGCUCCUACUCGUGUCCGCGCCCACCUCCGCCUCGGCGGCCGAGUUUGCGGCGGCCACCGCCGUGGCCUCCGGUGCCCCCGCCUCCUCCCUCAUCCCCGUGCCUGUCCAAAUCGUCCCCGAUUCCGCGUCCGCCUCGUCUACCUGUCCCCCCGUCGAGACCUCGGUGACUCUGGUGUCAAAGACCACCAACGACUGCGACCAGCGUCUCGUGUUCCCGCUCCUACCCGGUGCCGACGGCAAGAUGAAUGGCUGUGCACUCGGCUUCCCUGUGCUCGUGUCGAGUCGGCCGCGGCAGACCAAUUCACCUCACUGA